UGCGUGUGCGCGCGUGGUGAAAUCACGCGUGUGUAGAUCAGCGCUGCGGCAACGUGCCUGGGCUCCUCUCGCCUCCAUCUGCAUUCACACCGGGGCUGCUUCACGUCCUCUUACCGGCGUCGUUACAGGGCCCUGCUGCUUGGACGGCUUCGUGUGUGUGCGUGUGCGCGUGAACGUGCGCGUGUGCAUGCGCGCGCCCUCAUCCACCGCGCGUGUUUGUGUGCGUGUUUUUUUUCCUUCUUCUUCUUUUUUUUUUUUUUUUUUUUUUUGUGUCCGUUCAUUUUGUCCGAUCUCGCCCGGGCGCUCCAACCCCGCUUAGCGCGAUGCACUGAGAGGGAAGAAAAAAAAAAAAAAAAACUCGAGACGGACAUUUUUUUGCACCGCGAGACGAAACGAUGGCGAUGGUGAGGAUGAUGGCUGCUUCACCAAAUGUAGCCUCCAAAUGUUCGACGGCCAUGGCGAAGCCUUCUUCCCUCCCCGUCAAGCUCUUCCUCUGGCUCUUUAUCGCCGUCCAUCUCCCAACCAGCUCCUUUCAAACCGAUGAUGAUGAUGAGGUAACCAACAAGACGUGGGUGCUGACCCCCAAGGUAUACGAGAGUGACGUCACGCAUAUCCUCAACGGCCUGCUAGACGGAUACGACAACAAACUGAGGCCUGACAUCGGAGUUAAACCUACAGUGAUCCACACAGACAUGUUUGUCAACAGCAUCGGCCCAGUGAAUGCCAUCAAUAUGGAAUACACCAUCGACAUCUUUUUCGCCCAGACCUGGUACGACAGAAGGCUAAAAUUCAACAGCACGAUGAAGGUGCUGCGUCUCAACAGCAACAUGGUCGGGAAGAUCUGGAUCCCUGAUACAUUUUUUCGCAACUCGAAGAAGGCUGAUGCUCACUGGAUCACCACUCCCAAUCGCAUGCUUCGAAUCUGGAACGACGGGCGGAUACUCUACACGCUAAGGUUGACCAUUGAUGCUGAAUGCCAGCUAAAACUGAACAACUUCCCCAUGGAUGAGCAUUCGUGCCCUUUGGAAUUUUCAAGCUAUGGCUACCCCAGGGAGGAGAUUGUGUACAAGUGGAAGAGGAGCUCAGUGGAGGUUGGAGAUAUCCGCUCCUGGAGGCUUUACCAGUUCUCCUUUGUGGGCCUGAGGAACACAUCGGAGAUUGUCAGGACCGUUUCAGGAGACUACGUUGUGCUGACGGUCUUCUUUGACUUGAGCAGGAGAAUGGGCUACUUCACAAUCCAGACCUACAUCCCUUGCACUCUAAUUGUUGUUCUCUCUUGGGUCUCAUUCUGGAUCAACAAAGAUGCCGUGCCAGCCAGGACAUCGCUAGGCAUCACCACUGUGCUGACCAUGACCACGCUGAGUACCAUAGCCAGGAAGUCUCUCCCUAAAGUCUCCUACGUGACUGCCAUGGACCUGUUUGUGUCCGUCUGCUUCAUCUUCGUCUUUGCUGCGCUAAUAGAAUACGGCACGUUGCACUAUUUUGUUAGCAACCGGAAGCCCAGCGCCAAAAAGGAUAAGAAGAAGAAAAACCCGCUCCUCCGGCUCUUUUCCUCCAAGCAGACGCCCACGGUGGACAUCCGCCCGCGCUCGGCCACGGCCAUCCAGAUGAACAACGCCACGCACAUGCAGGAGCGUGACGAGGAGUACGGCUACGAGUGUCUGGACGGCAAGGACUGCACCAGCUUCUUCUGCUGCUUCGAGGACUGCCGCUCGGGGGCGUGGCGACACGGCCGCUUGCACAUCCGCAUCGCUAAGAUUGACUCGUACGCGCGCAUCUUCUUCCCCACCGCGUUCGGUCUCUUCAACCUGGUCUACUGGGUGUCCUAUCUCUAUCUCUAAGAGCGCGCGUCCAGCCUUAUCACCAUUGUGGGACUUCUUCAAUGUUAUUCCUUAUCAACAUCUCAUUCGUUUUGGGCGUGACGGACAUCGCAAAUCUUGUAGCAGUCCAUUUAACCGGCAUGAAAAGAUCGAUAAACACUGAUUAUAAUUAUCCCUGCGUGUGUUAAUCUUCACUGUGCCAAUGCCUCGUUUUUUUUUGUUUUUGUUUUUUUGUUUUCUCGCACCCAGACAAAUAGAAAAUGACCCGCUGUUCAUGUACAGUAUAUUUUACGUGAAAUACUACACAAUGUCAAUCACUUUUAUAAGGAUGGGCUACCUUUCCAAUCACGGACGGAAUUGUUAUUUUUCUUUUUUUAAAAGGGGACAAGAGACUCCCGCCGAAGGUUCUGAACUCCUGUUUCCAUACCAGUGUUGUAUUGAGCAAAAUAACGCGACCGAAAGCAGUUUGUUAAGUUGCCUCUGCUGGUGGCUGCACGCCAUUUAGAGCAAUCAAUGAUGUUAUUAUGCUUAUCCCUGGAGGAAAUGUCUUCUAAUAGCACAACUAAACGUCACAUUUCUACACGGGGUCAGAGCUAUGAUGACUGUACAGACACUGUAUAUAUUUUACAAUCACACACUUUAUAUAUUAUUGCAUGCACCUUUCAAGGCCAAAACAAUCUUUAUUUUAUUGUUUGUUUUAUCGUUUUUUUGGGGGCUACAGCUGGGUGUCAUUCAGGGUUCCAAUACACUUUCUUCACACUCAGUUGGUCAGGGUAGAGUUUAGUAGGGACUGUUUUGUGUUAAAAGCCGGCAAUUAGAUCACGAACUGUGCUUGUGCAAGAUGAGACACAAAAAAAUGCAGAAUGACCUGAAUAUAAGACGCCAUUUGGUCUAGAGAUCAGUGUUAACCAUACUUGUAUGUAUUUAUUUGUUGCAUCGAUUUACAUAUCAUACACACAUGAUAACGCGCCUGGUCUGUCAGAGCAUAAAACAACAGCGCAAGAGGGAUCAUUAGUCUUGCCUAGUAGUGGGUCAAACGAUACUGAAGCAUCGAUGCCUUAUGAAACACAAGGAGCGAUAGAUACUGUGUCCCUGCAUGUGUGUCACUUUAAGAAAAGAAAAAACAUUUGACAGUUUGACUGCGAAGCGCCAAAAUGCUUCUAUCAGGAAGAAAUUAUUUAAUUGACUUAAAUGAAGUCGAAGAAGUGAAAAAUUCUGGCGUCUGGGAUCAUUUUGAUCUUUUAGCGCCAAAUAAAUUAAAUGUUCUUAUUUUCUGGUUUACUAUUUGGCUCAUUGAUCAGAGUCGCCGGUUUCAUAUUCCUUUCUGUACAGAUAUAUGUUUAAAAAAAAACCUAAAACAAUUAUAUUUGCUAACUAUUAAUUUCAUUUACAGGUAGGGACUUUUUUUUUGACCUUGAUAAAACAGUAACACAUUAUCUGUGCAGUGUCAAUACAGCUAGUGAGUGUGCCAUACACUCACUGAAGUGUCAUUUACCCAUCAGUAGUGUUGCCAUCUUAGCGAGUAUUCAGAACCCUUAAGCGACAAGUCUUGUAGAGACUAAAAUGAAAGCACAUAUCUCUCUUCUCAACGAGCACCGGGUGCGGUUGCGGGCCCCUUCUCCAUCGAAAGGCGCUCGCCGGCAGCAAAAAAAUAAAAGUUUAUAGUUCGAAAUAUAUGUUUUUGCUACUAAUAUUUGUUGCUUACUUUUUGAAAAUGCGUAAUGGCCAUUUAUGCAAAUUUGACAAUUUUUCCCGCUAUCGCAAAUAGAAACACUGAUAUGUGUACAAUUAUGUAAAAAAAAAAAAAAAAAAGUAGUUAGUGAGUUAGAGCUUUUCUGCCUGUCACUCACAUGCACACCAGUUAUCAAGUGGAAUGGAGAGAACGGUGUUGGGCAAGUUAGCAAACAGAGGCACUAUCAUGCUAGUUUUAAAGUCAAAAACAAAAAUCAAUGCACUGCCCAGCCACUAAAAAACUAUUUGUAUUGUAAUUAACGAGUUAUUACACUAAUACUGAAAAACUAGUAUAGAUUUUCUCUUAUUUGUAUUUUUAUUUUAUUUUAUUUCUAAAUAAUAUUGGGUCAGUAUUGUAUAUGUGCUUGGAAAACUGCAGUUCACAAAGACGACAAAGCAACAUUCCACUCUUAAGACAAGUGUGGGAAACUUACCAAAAAAACACAAUGCCAACCAUUAAUUGAGUUUAUUUUUCAUCAAUCGUGGGUUUAUUUAAAUCUUUUCAACAGUACCUCUGAGGUUCAUCUGAUUUUAGAAUUGCAUGGAUUAAAUGCUCUGCCCGAAAACGUCACAUUAAAAACAUGCGUUCCAUUAAAAAA